UGUCCGUUCCAGAAGCUGCAGCAGGAGCUGGAGUUCCUGGAGGUGCAGGAGGAGUACAUCAAGGACGAGCAGAGGAACCUGAAGAAGGAGUUCCUGCACGCCCAGGAGGAGGUGAAGCGGAUCCAGAGCAUCCCCCUCGUCAUCGGCCAGUUCCUCGAGGCCGUCGACCAGAACACCGCCAUCGUCGGCUCCACCACAGGCUCCAACUACUACGUGCGCAUCCUGAGCACGAUCGACCGGGAGCUGCUGAAGCCGAACGCGUCGGUGGCGCUGCACAAGCACAGCAACGCCCUGGUGGACGUCCUGCCCCCCGAGGCCGACUCCAGCAUCAUGAUGCUCACCUCAGACCAGAAGCCGGACGUGAUGUACGCCGACAUCGGGGGCAUGGACAUCCAGAAGCAGGAGGUGCGCGAGGCCGUCGAGCUGCCCCUCACCCACUUCGAGCUCUACAAGCAGAUCGGGAUCGACCACCCGGGGGUUCUCAUGUACGGCCCCGGCUGUGGGAAGACCAUGCUGGCCAAGGCCGUGGCCCACCACACCACCGCCGCCUUCAUCCGCGUGGUGGGCUCUGAGUUCGUCCAGAAGUACCUGGGGGAGGGCCCGAGGAUGGUGCGGGACGUGUUCCGGCUGGCCAAGGAGAACGCGCCGGCCAUCAUCUUCAUCGACGAGAUCGACGCCAUCGCCACCAAGAGAUUCGAUGCCCAGACUGGGGCUGACCGGGAAGUCCAGAGGAUCCUCCUGGAGCUCCUCAACCAGAUGGACGGGUUUGACCAGAACGUCAACGUCAAGGUGAUCAUGGCCACCAACAGGGCCGACACCCUGGACCCCGCCCUGCUCCGGCCGGGCCGCCUGGACCGAAAGAUCGAAUUCCCCCUCCCCGACCGGCGCCAGAAACGCCUCAUUUUUUCCACCAUCACCGGGAAAAUGAACCUGUCCGAGGAGGUGGACCUGGAGGAUUACGUGGCGCGGCCGGACAAGAUCUCGGGGGCCGACAUCAACUCCAUCUGCCAGGAGGGCGGGAUGCUGGCCGUCAGGGAGAACCGGUACAUCGUGCUGGCCAAGGACUUCGAGAAGGCGUACAAAACCGUCAUCAAAAAGGACGAGCAGGAGCACGAGUUCUACAAGUGACACCCCUGGGGACACCCCGGGGACACCCUGGGGACAAAAAAACCCCCAGGACACCCUGGGGACAAAAAAAACACCCCAGGACACCCCUGGGGACAAAAAACACCCCCAGGUCACUUUGAGGACACCCUGGGGACAGUUUAUGAUCCCCCCCAAUAAAGUUUGUGGUGUCUUGGA